UAUUGGUGAAGAAGACAGAGAAAGUUUUAGCCUUUCCUGUGAAUUAUUUAGAUUUUGAGCGAUCUUCUUAUCUUUUAUUUCUCCACCUCAAAUUACCAUUUUUACCAUGUCUACGGUUCCGGUGAAGCCACUACCUCUCACCGCUUCACAUCUUCUCCGCCGGAACUCCACUACGACUACGACGGCUUUGAAAUCUCCCAAAAUGCUCGCCGCCGUCUCGAGCCGGCAUUUUCUCGGGACCUCUACUUAUAGUAGAUGCUUUGAAUUUAAAUCCUUGAGCCAAAUUAAUUAUCCAGCGUCUUCGAGCCACCGUCGGCGAGUAAGCACGGUGCUGGCGUCGGCGGGAAACUUGACGGCUCCGUCGUCUUGGGAAUCUUGGAAGCCAGAUAAGACGGCGGCGGCGACGGCUCUAUUGCUGAGUGACGUCAUUUGGCCUGCAGCUGGAGCGUUUGCGGCGAUGGCAAUAAUGGGAAGAAUGGAUCAAAUGUUAACAACAAAAGGGAUAACGAUGUCAGUUGCACCACUUGGUGCCGUCUCUGCCAUUCUUUUCAUCACUCCUUCUGCUCCUGCUGCUCGGAAAUACAAUAUGUUUUUGGCUCAAAUAGGUUGUGCUGCGAUUGGAGUAGUAGCAUUAUCCGUCUUCGGGCCAGGCUGGCUCGCCCGGAGCGUCGCCCUUGCCGCUUCCAUCGCCUUCAUGGUCAUUGCUCGUGCCAAUCACCCUCCUGCGGCGAGCUUACCACUAAUGUUCAUAGAUGGAGCAAAGUUCCAUCACUUGAAUUUCUGGUACGCAUUGUUCCCCGGUGCAGCCGCUUGUGUCAUUCUCUGCCUUCUCCAAACGAUCGUAUGUUACUUAAAAGAGAACAUAAAAUUUUGAUGAAUCAUCAAUGGACAUGUACGAUCGAGCGAUAUAUAUAAUAAUGUAUAAAUACAGAACAUUGAUGGAAAUCUUGUGAAGAUAUUUGAUUCAUGUAUACACUUGAACGUAUGUAAAUGACUAUACAAAUACGUUCAUUCAAUGUAUGUAGCUCUCUUGUUUUUGCUUCUUCUU